ACGACCCUUCUAUAUAUCCCCAUCUCUCUCCUUCCUUUCCUCUUCAUCCCCAAAGACAUACGAAUAUAGAAGAAGCAGAAUCUCUAACAUGAGCCCUGCAAAGUUUCAUGGCGACGAUGAUGAUGAGCAUUCAGGGAGGGACAUCAAAGGUCCACGUCCGUCCCCCUUGAAGAUCAACAAGGGCUCCCACUUUAUUCAGAAGCAAUCUUCGAGCUCUUCAACGUCAAUCUCUUCGGUACUUUCUGAUUGCGUUGCUCCGGUCAGGCAGCAACAGCGGCGACCGGUUAUUAUAUACACUCAUUCUCCCAAGAUCAUCCACACCCAGGCUCGGGAUUUCAUGGCUCUCGUCCAGAAGCUCACCGGCGUGUCGCGUCCCAACGACGAUGAAGCCACUGCACAGCCUGAUCAUCAUCAUCAUCAUCAUCCCCAUAAUAGCGAUAAGAUCAGCUUGUCUAUGGAAGGUGGAAAUGAUCGUCACAUGAAGCCUGUUAGCCACGAUGACAACGACUCGUCUUCCGCUCUCACAGAUGAGAAUUGCGGCGGCGGCAAGGCAAGCUCGUCGUCCUUGUUACCAACUCUAAACCAAAACCAAAACCAAACCAAUCAAUAUUUUGCUGACAUGCCUUUGUUUACCCCGAAUUCGAGCAGUUUCUUCUGCUCGCCUCGGCCUGUUUAUAGAUAUCCUGAUUCGUCGUACGCGUCGCCGAACGUGGGUAACUCCAUGUCACCGUCUGUUUUCGAGUUUCUCAAAGGACUACCAGAAUACUGAGAUACAUAUAUUUGAGGGUUUAGCAGUAAUUAAUUUACUGCCUGCAUUGUACAUAGAUUGGUGUUAAUUUCUAUGUUUUUUUUUUUUAUUUUAUUUUGUUUUUGUUUCUGUUUUUUACGUCUCCAAUGUUUUGGAUAUGGAUCAACUAGAAAUUAAUUAGAUAGCUAGCAUCCGUUGUGAAUUAUAAGAUCAUUUAAUUGAUUCGUUGGCCAUCAAAGGGAAAAUUGAUCUAUCUCUCUCCUGGUCUGUAUGGUACUUAUUAAUGUCCUAUAAAUAAGUUUAAUUAGUGCUUUUUUUGUUUGA